CUUUAUAAGCUACACUGUUGCGUCUUCGCCGGUGCGGUGCAGUUUUGUUCUGCCAUCCUUUUAAAAAAACCAAAAAUUUUUCCUACCCUUUCUCCGUCGUUCUACCGUCCGGCCCCUUUCCGGAUUUCCGACGAUCUAUCCUAUUUUACCUCUCCCUCUCCUUUCUUACCCAAAAUUACCCCAAAAAAAUUCCACUUUUUUAGUGUUUAGAUUAGACCAAUCCUUUUAGAACUUUGCAAUCAGGAGAGGGAAACCAAAAAAAAAAAGGGAAAAAAAUCCAAAAAAAAAAAAAUUCUCAAAACACGAUCAAGGUUUUGCUAGGGUUUGGGAUUUGGUGAUGGCGCAGAUUCCUCUUGUUCCCGGCGGCCCCAACGGCGUCGCGGCAAGCCAGGGAGGGAGCCAAUUCGGGACGAUCUCGCUAUACAUUGGUGAUCUGGAUGUGAACGUUACCGAAUCUCAGCUCUACGAUCUGUUCAGCCAGGUGGCUCAGGUGGUGUCGGUUAGGGUUUGCAGGGACCUGACCACGCGCCGGUCUCUUGGCUAUGGUUAUGUCAACUAUAGCAACUCCCAAGAUGCUGCUCGAGCAAUGGAUGUACUGAAUUUUACUCCACUCAAUAACAAGCCCAUAAGAAUCAUGUAUUCUCAUCGGGACCCCAGUCUUCGUAAGAGUGGUACUGCAAACAUAUUUAUCAAGAAUCUGGACAAGUCUAUUGACCACAAAGCUUUACAUGAAACAUUUUCUGCAUUUGGAAACAUUCUUUCUUGCAAGAUAGCUACUGAUGCCUCUGGACAAUCCAAAGGCUAUGGCUUUGUACAAUUUGACAAUGAGGAAUCUGCUCAAAAGGCAAUAGAUAAGUUGAAUGGAAUGUUGAUCAAUGAUAAGCAGGUCUAUGUGGGACACUUCCUCCGUAAGCAGGAAAGAGAGAUUGCUUCGAAUAAGACAAAAUUUAACAAUGUCUAUGUCAAAAAUCUUUCUGAAUCAACAACAGAUGAAGAUUUAAAUAGAAUAUUUGGUGACUAUGGGAUAAUUACUAGUGCGGUAGUAAUGAAGGAUGCAGAUGGAAAGUCCAAGGGAUUUGGAUUUGUUAACUUUGAUGAUGCUGAUGAUGCUGCUAAAGCUGUUGAUGCCCUUAAUGGAAAAAAAAUUGAUGAAAAGGAGUGGUAUGUUGGGAAAGCCCAAAAAAAAUCUGAAAGAGAACUAGAACUUAGGGAUCGAUUUGAGCAAAGUAUGAAGGAAGCUGCAGAUAAACUACAGGGAGUGAAUUUGUACAUUAAGAAUUUGGAUGACGGCAUAGAUGAUGAAAAAUUAAAGGAGCUUUUCUCAGAGUAUGGUGCUAUUACUUCUUGCAAGGUUAUGCGUGAUCCAAGUGGAAUCAGUAAGGGCUCUGGAUUUGUUGCAUUUUCAACUCCUGAGGAAGCAUCUCGAGCUCUAGCUGAGAUGAAUGGUAAAAUGCUUGUAAGCAAACCAUUAUAUGUUGCCCUGGCACAGAGGAAAGAAGAGAGAAGAGCAAGGCUGCAGGCUCAGUUUUUGCAAAUGAGGCCAGUUGCCAUGGCUCCAUCAGUUGCUCCACGUAUGCCUAUGUAUCCUCCUGGUGCUCCAGGCCUUGGCCAGCAAUUUUUAUAUGGGCAGGCACCUCCAGCUAUAAUUCCUCCACAAGGUGGGUUUGGUUAUCAGCAGCAACUUGUUCCUGGGAUGAGGCCUGGUGGGGGCCCCAUUCCCAACUUCUUUGUUCCCAUGGUCCAGCCAGGCCAGCAGGGCCAGCGUCCAGGUGGGCGCCGUGGAGCAAAUCCUGUGCAACAGAACCAGCAACCAGUCCCAUUGAUGCAGCAGCAGAUGCUUCCUAGGGGGCGUGCAUAUCGUUAUCCUCCUGGGCGCAAUAUGCCUGAUGUUCCAAUGCCAGGUGCUGCUGGAGGUAUGCUUUCUGUCCCAUAUGAAAUGGGAGGCAUGGCAAUGCGGGAUGCAGGCUUGGGACAUCCAAUGCCCAUUCAAGCUUUAGCUUCAGCCCUUGCAAAUUCAACACCUGACCAGCAAAGGACUUUGCUGGGUGAAAAUUUGUACCCCCUGGUGCAACAACUGGAGCCUGAAGCAGCAGCCAAGGUGACAGGUAUGCUCCUGGAAAUGGACCAGCCCGAGGUACUGCAUCUGCUGGAGUCACCCGACGCCUUGAAGGCCAAAGUUGCAGAGGCCAUGGAGCUCCUGAGGAGUGUCGCUGCUCAGCAGCAAAGCAAUACUGCAGCUGAUCAACUGGCUUCACUAUCCCUGAAUGACAACCUUAUCUCUUGACAAUUGAAAGCAACAGCAUCUUGGCGCUGAAUUCAUUCUAUAUUUGGGUUUUUUUAUUUUUAUUUUUUAUUUUUGAGUUAUUUAGAUUUUAGGUUUGGAACAUUUAGCACGGAUAUCUCUUUUUUAGAAUUCUUAUUGCUUGCUUGCUUGCGUGAAC